GGGACAGCGGUGCUGGGCUGCUCUCUUCUCUCCAGGAGGUGAGGUUGUCACUGCAGGGGCCAGCUCCGCUAAGUGACUAGUGGCUGACUAGCCCUGCAGCGUGCAGUGCCUUCCCCCCCCUUCUUUCUUUCUUUUUUUUUUUCCUUGCUGCUUUUCCUCCUUCGCUCAUGUAAUGCACUCCCUGAACCAAGAAAUCAAAGCAUUCUCCCGGGAUAAUCUCAGGAAGCAGUGCACCAGGGUGACCACGCUAACUGGAAAGAAACUUAUAGAAACUUGGAAAGAUGCCACAGUUCAUGUUGUGGAAACAGAGACCAGCGGUGGGGGUGGUUGUGGCUAUGUGCAGGACCUUACCUUGGACCUGCAAGUUGGCGUUAUUAAGCCCUGGUUGCUUCUGGGGUCCCAGGAUGCUGCGCAUGAUCUGGAGCUACUGAGACAGCACAAGGUGACCCAUAUUCUCAACGUCGCGUAUGGAGUUGAGAACGUUUUCCUCAGAUGGCGUGGUUCUUGUCCACUGUAACGCAGGGGUUUCCAGGGCUGCUGCGGUUGUCAUCGGCUUCCUCAUGAGUUCUGAAGAACUUGCUUUCACCAAUGCUUUGUCGUUGGUGAAAGAGGCAAGACCAUCCAUAUGUCUGAAUCCUGGCUUCAUGGAACAACUCCGCACCUACCGAGUAGGCAAAGAGAGCAAUGGAGGUGACCAAGUGCCCGCAGUGGCCACCGACCAUGGUCCGUGAUCUGUACUCUAGCUGAGGCAAACUACUUAUGCAUCUGCCUCUGCCCUCUCGCCUGUGUUUUGGACGGUAACUUGUAAAGCUUCCCUUUUCUGUUGUCUUUUACCAGUGGAAAUGGAAGCUACUUUUGUCGACCGGAAUUAAUACAUUUUUACAUUUUACCUUUUCCUUGUUAUUUCAAUAUCUGGUUAAGUGUUUCUUUGAGUUCUAAGAGAAAAUAGCAUAUUAUCAAGUAGAUAAUUAACUGAUUUCUAUAGGAGAAAGUUUAAACCUAAAACCCUCGUUGGAGUUAGAAAAACAAGCCAUGAAGCCUUUUAAUUUAUUCUUCUUCUCUCACACACGCUUUCUGGACAGAGAACCUUUGAAGUGACGGACUUACUGAGUGAAGGUUUACCAUUUCAAAGGGAAGUAAAAUUUUUGAGAAUAUUUUUUUCUUUUUUUUUCCUUUUUUUUUCGGAGCUGGGGACCAAACUCAGGGCCUUGCGCAUGCUAGGCAAGCGCUCUACCACUGAGCUAAAUCCCCAAACCCGAGAAUAUUUUUAAGGUUAAAAAUAAUACUUUUAUCUCCCCCCCGAGUACCAAAAUCAAAAGGCUUAUAUAAACAUUUAUAUAAUGGUUAUAAAUUCAUGUGACCUUUAUAACUUCUUAUGAAAACCUAAUUUUCACUUUGACUUUUAAAUUUGGUUCUAUUAUAAACAUUUCUCUUGUAUUCUUCAAGUGGUUGUGUAGAUACUCUGAUGAUUUUAUGAUUUUUUAAAAAUUAGGUGUUAUCACUUAUACUGUUUUUUUAACUUCAACUUUUUUAUUAACCUUUUUUAUUUACAUUCCAAAUGUUGCUCCCCCCCCCCCCCCGCCAUCCCGGUUCCCCCUCCCAGAGUUGUUCACCCUAUCUCUCUCCUCCCCUUUGCCUCUGAGAGGGUGCUCCACCCAUCCACUCCCCCAGGCUUCGAGCUUUUUAACUUGGGUGCUAAGUGUUCUGUUUAUGGGUCACCUGCCAUACUUUUUUUGGUUUUCUUGGAUCCUUAAAAACUGCCUUAUAGUGAGAGACAGUUUUAAAAGAUGUAAUCUUAAGAUUGAUCUAUUUUAUAUUUGAGUAUUCUGCUGGAAAGCAUUUUUUAGGAAAAAAUUAUGAACCUAUAAAAAAUUGUAAACAUUGUUGGGUUGGGGAUUUAGCUCAGUGGUAGAGCGCUUGCUUAGCAAGCGCAAGGCCCUGGGUUCGGUCCUCAGCUCCAAAAAAAAUUGUAAACAUUGUUAAGACGCUUAACAUUAUACACACACCAUUUCCUAGAAGAACAUGUUGAAGGGAUUUUUUUCCUCUAAUGUUUCCAUUAACCAAAUUGAAUUAUGUACAUUAUAAAUUUGCUUCAAGGCUUUGAACUUGGGGGUUGCAAAUCAAGUGGUAAAGACUAUACUUUCUGGGAUCAUUUCUAUAGUUCGUUACUAGUUUCUCUGACUGUGUAGAGCAAAUCAAGUGGUAGAGUGUAUGCUUAGUUUGCUAAAGGUCCUGACUUCCAUCAUCAGCAACAAACACACACACGCACACACACACACAGAAUAAAUCUUUUAAAUUUUUAUGUAAGUACAUACUGCAAGUCUUAACUUUGUCUAGUUAUGAGGGAAUUUUUUUAUGCCUUUUGAGUGACAUUUGCGAUAAGUUCUACAAGAUAAGUGGGUGUUGACUGAAGGUGGGUGGGCUGUGGCAGAUUUUUUAAAAUUGAGUCAGUUAUGUAUGUAAAGGCCAAGGGCUGAGGAGGAGCACUGAAUGCCAGAGAAAUGGAAGUGCUGAGGUGGGGGAACAGUAAGCUGGAGGCCGUGAGAUGCUGUCUAUGAAGGUGGACUGUUGGCGUGUGUCAAGUGGGAGCUUGGCAGAGUUUUGGUAUGCAAGUCUUUUGGAUUAGUGAGAAGACUGAGAGUUUGUAAUUGGGAAUUUGCUUAGAUUCUUUUGUUGUUAUUGCUUAUUUUCAUUUUUAUCUUGUGUAUAUAGGUUUUUUUUUUUGCCUGCAUGUGUGUCUGUGCACCAUGUGCAUACAGUGUCCAUGGAGGCCAGCAGAGGGCAUUGGAUUCUAUGGGACUAGAAUUUCAGGCAGCUGUGAGCUGCUACGUGGUUACAGAGACUUGAACCGAGGUCCUCUGGAAGAUCAGCCGGUGCUCUUAACCAUUGAACCAUCUCUCCAGCUUUAGGAAAUGGUGGCUCAUUCAUUUGAGACAGGGACUAAUGUUUAACUGGUGGGUUCUGACUUGCUAUCAUGGCCAUCAAGCCCGGUGUAGGUGGUUGUGCUGGGUUUCUUGCGUGCUUGGCAGGCACGCUACCAACUGAGCUUUAUCCUUAAUCUUCAGAAUGUUCUUUUAAUGGUUCAAUCUGGCUGUGUUGCCUAGAGUGAAUUAGGAAGAAAAGCAAGACCAGCAAGGAGGCUAGGUUCAGGUUUCUAGUGGCAAAACAGUAAAGAUGGAAAGGAGUGGAAGCUACAGAGAGGGCUCAGUGCUUACACAUACUCGCUGCUCUGACAGGGGUCCAGGGUUUGGUUUCCAGCACAAUCAUCAGGUAACGCACAACAGUGUGUAACUACAGCUCCAGUUCCAGGUUAUAUGACCAGUCUGUCUGCUGCAGGCAGACACACACACACACACACACACACACACACACACACACACACACACACUUGAAAUAAUAAAAAUAAACCUUAUAAAAAGGAAAGAAGCGAAUACUUUGAAAAAUAUUUAUAGAGUAGAACUUGCAAGCCUUGGCAUUGAAUUUUAUUGAAAAGAGGAAUUUUCAAAACUCAACCCAAGGUUUCCAGCUUUAAUUAUUAGAGAACUGGGCCUGGAGAGAUGGCUCAGUGGUUAAGAGCACUGACUGCUCUUCCAGAGGUUCUGAGUUCAAUUCCCAGCAACUACAUAGUGGCUCACAACCAUCCACAGUGGUAUCUGAUGCCCUCUUCUGGUGUGUCUGAGGACAGCUGCAGUGUACUCAUAUACCUAGAAAAUAAAUAAAUCUUAAAAAUAAAUAGAGAACCGGUGGCGUCAUUCUUUGAGGUAAGUAUCCAUUCCUAAGUUGGCUUUUUAUAUUUGACUUGAGGUAUCCUUGAGAUACCCAGGUCAAGCGAGUAUGUCAAGAGGGUGACUUGGUGGUACAUUCGGGCAUUGGUAUGAAUUGGCAGCAGGAAUGGAUGGCAUCACACAAGAAGAAGUUUAGAGUAAAACUAAAGGGACUAAAACUGGGCCUUGGAAAACAACCAAAUUUAAAGGCUGGAUGGAGAGUGGGCCAAGAAGAGAGAUAUGGCCAGGAGGGAAGAGAGCCACCAAACCAUGUCAGAGGGACCAGGGAGGGCUUCAAAGUGCAUGCAGAAUAAGAGCAGACAGUGCUGAGACCUUCCAUGUGAUAAAUACAUACCGAAGAUGUCCGGACUCAGCAUCAUGGAGGUUACUGUUGACUUGGAAAGUGAGUCUGGUGGAGUACGUGAUGGAGAAGCCAGACUGGUGUCUUGGUUGCUAUGCGGUUUGCUGUGUUACUGAUGAGGCACUAACAUACCUCUUGUGGGCUGAAUAAGCCAAUGUAUUACACAUAAGGUCGACUAAACUCCCUAUGACUCAGAUGAGGAAACUAAAUCCUAGAGUUACCAAUGCCCCAUGAUUAUUAAUUGCUCAAAGUCAAGAGUUACAACAGUCCUCCACAAAACACCUGUUGGCUAAAUAAAGGUAAUCAGGUAAAGAGUAAUUGCUUCAUUGAUUUUUUUUUUUUACUAAUAGUUUUCACAUAAGUGGAGACAAAAGUGUAUGACUUUUGAAUAUCUUUAGAAUUUGGGCUUAUUUAAAAGAUGAGAGAAAAUGUCAAACAAAAUUAUAGAAAAUAGCAUACUUAUCACCACAAUUCUUGUUUCCUGUCAGUCAUCCUUUCUUCUCCCUCUUGAACACAUGAACGAGUCCCCUCAGGGUAAAUUCCAGAUGUAACUCUGUCAAGAAUGGAGACAACUCUCCCUCCCAUGAAGUCUGUUUUGACUGUUAGAACUGCCUUUAUCAUAGCCAAUUAAACCUAACUGGCAUUUGAAUACAAGAUCAGGAAACAAAAUUGCACAGGAAAGUUAUUUAAGUUUGGAAAUUACUCUUUGCUUCCAAAAAAAGCAAAAGGAUCAGUUAGUUGGUAAAACAAAAACAAAAACAAAAAACCAAACAAUAAAAAACUGAGCAGGCAAAUCAGCCGAGCUCAUGUUUCACUGAGGUCUGGCUGUGUCUUUUCUGUCAGUUGUUUCAUAUAAUGAGACCAACAGCAGACCGCCAUGUUUCUGUUCGUUCCUAAGUGUCCACUCAAGGGCACUUAGACAUCAGCUUCUGUUGCUAUUGUUUAUAGAGCCUCAAAAUCCAGCACCAACUGUGGGGUUUGUUGAGACCGUCCUUAUGCCUCAAAUCAUAAAACUGUUCUGGAGAGCACUUGACCUCGGCCACUGUGAAGUCAUGGAGUGCUUUAUGUCUGAGUGAAUGAUGGCCCAUGAUGUGUGAGCUGCCAAAGGCGGAGUUGACAAGCACAGGCACGAUGUUUCCUUCCUCCGUUCUCCGUCUGAAGACGACAAAUCCCAUCUUUUUCCUAAAGUCUUACAAAAGGUGGAUAUCUUUUUUCCUCGUUUUUGUUUUUUUUUAUUUUAAAAUUAUUUUUAGUCCUAUGUAUGUGUGUGAUAAGUGCAUGUGAGUGCAAGUGCCACAGAGGGCAGAGGCCUCUGAUCCCCCUGGAGCUGGAGUUAUAGGUGGCCGUGAGCUGCCUGGUGUGGGUUCUGGGAAUCGAACUCCAGUUCUUUGGAAGCGCAGUAGAUGUUCUUAACCACUGAGCCAUCUCUCCCACCCUCACUUUGAUUUCUUUUUAAAUUAUGUUUUUACAUAAUUACAAAAUAGACAGUUAUCUUAAAAGCUUAAUUUUUUAUUUGUAUAUAAAUAUGUUCAUAGAGAUUUAAUUAAGUUUUUGAACUUCGAGUAUAUGUGAUAUACAAAAAUGUUUAACCACUGUAUCAAUUAAAGGUGAAUAAAUUUAGAGAUAUAUCUGAAAUUUCAAAACUUGAUUUUAGAAGCUAGUUCUUGUAUAUCCAGCCUUGAAUUAAUUUUCAAGUUGAAUUCUUUGUAGUCCCAGUUUCUCACCUGCACUGUUUGCUGUACUGUUAAAUGACAGGCUGGUGGGCAAGAACCCUGAAUUGGUCUGGAUUGAACAUUUCCUGUAAUUUUUCAUAACUAGAGCAGUACUGUUGUGUUGCUUAGACAUGAACACCAUGCUUUGAAGAAAGAGUUUUCCAUCUAAGCUUGAAAAUCUAGUGCAAAGCAGUGUUGAGAUCUCAUAUUCUGGGUAAACUAGUAAUUCAGAAUAGAUAUGAAGGAAGUCUAUGUGACAUUUCAUUCAACAGGUUCAGAGGAGAAAAUAGAAAGACAAACAUUGUAAUUAAGAUGCAAAUCUAAGCCCGGAGUCCGUGGUGGCACACAUCUUUAAUCCCACCACUCCAGAGGCAGAGACAGGCAGAUCACUUUGAGUUGGAAGCUAGCCUGGUCUACAGAGGGAGUUCCUGACAGCUGAGGCUAUACAGAGAAACCUCAUCUCUAAAAGCCCAAAAAUGUAAAAGCCCAAAAUCCCCAAAUCCCAAAACCAAACCAAAGCAAACCAAACCAAAGCAAACCAAACCAAACGAACAUCUCCAAGAGUGACAAGAAGGAUAAAAAACUGAACAAAUGUUUUUCAUACAAGAUAAUCCAAGUUUUGAAACUCUCAUUACAUAAAAAACACGUCUUUGUUUAUGAUAAUAAUAAGCGCUUCUGAUAGAACUAAAGUACAGGGCUUAUGACUGAAAAAUCUUGGGCUGGAGACACACUCAGAUGUUAAGAGCACCUGCUGUUCUUUCAGAGUCCUUGAGUUCAAUUCCCAGCAACCACGUAGUGGCUCCUGAUCAUUUCUAAUGAGAUCUGGUGCCCUCUUCUGGCCUGAAGGCAUACAAGCAGGCAGAACACUGUAUACAUAAUAAAUCUUUAAAAGAAAAAAUUCAAAUAUGCAAAAUUGCAUCAAAUAAGUUAUAUUAGAUAAUUAUUCUUUGUCCAGUAUUUGUUUUAACUUGUAAUUAAUUUUUCAUAUGUUUACUGACAAAAUGAAAAUAAGAAAGAAAAGAAAAUGGCUCCUCUUCUCAAAAACAUAUACAAGUGUUUUUACAGAUGUGACUUUUGACCUAAUUACCUCAAACGGGUUAUUUGGGUUGAAAGUGGGCCCUAAGAACCAUUAGAAAGGAGGCAGAGGACAUGUGCCACUAUGGUGGUGUUAGUCACAUGAUAAUAGAAGCUUUAGGAAGAAGUGGGGGGGAGAGGGAGGUGGAGAAAGAGAGAGAAUACGCUAGGCCUCUGACUUUGACUGGACAGGAGUGGUGCUAUCAGCCGAAUGACAAGUAUAGUUGGUUGCUGGAGAGAUGGCUCAGUGGUUAAGAGCACUGACUGCUCUUCCAGAGGUCCUGAGUUCAAUUCCCUGUAAUGGGAUCCGAUGCCCUCUUCUGGUGUGUCUGGAGACAGUGAGAGUAUGCCCUCAUACAUGAAAUAAAUAAAUCUUAAAAACAAACAAACAAACAAACAAAAAUAACAAGUAUAGUUUUCAGAAAGUGGAAGGAAACACAUGUUCCUCUUGUGUCUCCAAAGAAACCAGUCCCAUUGCUGCCUUGAUAGGAACCCUUUAAAACAUAGUUUGGAUUUCUGGCCUCAAAAAAAAUUUUUUUUGUGAUGCUUUAAGUUACCAAUUACUUGGUGAUCCAACACAAACUUAAUGUGCUUUUGUGUUAAACAUUCAUAUAGAUAAGAUCAACACGUGCAUCUUCUGGUAUGUGCAACUCACACUCAUAUUAAAUAUUUAUUCAUUCAUCCUUGGGGGGGCGCUCUAUGUGGCUCUCUCUCCCCUGGAACUCACUAUGUACAGACCAGGAUGAGUUUGAACUUGCAGAGAUCCACUUGCCUCUGCUUCCUGAGUGCUGGGAUUAAAGGUACAUAGCAUUGCACUCAGCACAUUUUUUUUCCUUAAAGUAAACUGAACUUGUAAAUGGUUCUAAAAUUUUAACUCUGGCUGGGUGGUGGUGGUACACACCUUUAAUUCCAGCACUCUGGAGGCAGAGUCAGGGAGGCCAGCCUGGUGUACUAGUGAGUUCCAGGAUAGCCAGGACUAUGGGGAGAAAACAGGUCUCGACAAAAACCAAACCAAACCAAACAAAAUAAAAUUGAUUUCUUGGAAUCUGUCCUUUAAUUUGGAAUCAUUAUUGAGACGAGGUGACAGGCAGAUCUGACCUGAUGGCAGUGUUGCGGUAUGGCCUGUCCAGGAAGAAACUGCUAUCUCCCAAUCAUUACUGACACUUUCCCAAGAGUGGUCAAGCUUGUGUAACAAUUUAUACCUGACUCCCUUGUGGUAACUAAUAAAUUUAAUACAGUAUCAGGCUUAAGGCUAUUGACUUUUGCCUUUUAACUUAAUAUAAUUCAAUUGAAAUAGAAUUCUCUGUGUAACCCUGGCUGUCUUGGAACACCCCCCCCCCCCCGUAGACCUUGCUGGCCUUGAACUCAGAUGCCUGCCUCUGCAUCCCAAGUGUUCUGAUUAAAGGUGUGUGCCCCACUACCCAGCCAAAACUAAAUGUAUUUUAACACACAUAAAGUACAUGCAUGGACUCUAAGGAAAGAUAGCAGAGUGAAGAUGUCAUAGCAGAGUGAAGCACAGGGAUGUCAUGGGCAGAAUGGCAUGUGGCGCCUGGGUUUUUUAAUCCUUUUUUAAAAAAUCAAUUUAAAUUUAUAUUUAUUUGAUGUAAUAAACCUUGAUUAUGCUUUAAUGUAAAAUUACUCUCACAUAACACCAUUUAAAAGAAAUGACAUAUAGAUGAUGGAAAAAAUACUUUGUGAAACAAACGUCCUAUAUCAAGUGCAGGAAUCAAGUUGAAAAGGAAUAUAUGGUUUCAUUAAACCUACUUUAACAGGUUAGGGAAGUCGAUGCAAAAAUCGCACUAAUUAUCAAGAGAGCAAGGGAAUCUCUUUGUAUGAAGCAUAAACAACAUUUCAGGAGGCUUGCCAUUUUUAGAACCAGAGAUCCCACGUUGUUCCCCGCAUCUUCAUAAAAUGUUCCUUAGAAUCCCAGAUAGGGUAUAGAAGUUUGCCCUCUUCCAAAAUGGCUGAAACGCCUACACCCUCCGCAAAGAGCAUGGUCGGAAGUUACGCAACCCAUAAGGCCGCGCGGCUCUUACGGUAAGAAGAGUUUCCGCCAUUUUUGAAAACUGGGAAGAUCCUUGCUGGAGUGGUGGCGGCCGUUGCGAUGGCAGCGUUUGCGGUGGAUCCCCAGGCGCCCACGCUGGGUGAGUGAACCGCGGCCUCUCCCGUGGCACAAUUAGUGCGCUGUGGACCUGGAGGCGACCGCCACACGCUACGGAGGGAGCGGGGGCUGGGCACUGUGGCCGAUGACAUCUGGGCGGCAGUAGCCGGGAUCCCUGCACUGCGCUCGGCUCUACUGUGGUCACCUGCCCCGUUCCCCGAAAGCGACCACGAGGAUGGGCGGUGAACCUCUGGUCGCAGU